AUGUCUCGCCUUGACCAGAUCGUCAAGGGCACUCCCUCCCCUGACGCACACGUCCCCGAGACUCUCUUCAGCACUCCCUCACCUCAGAUCCUCGCCUCCUCUCCCGACACUUCCGAUUCACGGCCGGCGACGGCGUCUGCAGCUCCCGACCCGCUCUCUACCCUCCCUUCCUCCCCGCCUCAGAUCUACCUAAACCUCCUCAUCCUCGAGAGCUCUCUACGCUCGCAAUACCUGGCGCUUCGUGCACGAAGAAGGCAGAACACGUUUUUCUUGCUGCUGCUCGCCCUGUGGAUCGCUUACUUUUCAUACGCGCUCUUCUUACGCCCAAGAGAAGAUGGAGGCGUGGGCGGUUCGGUGUACUGGAUCGUGGAGAUGGGUGAGAAAAUUGCCCUGAUGGGCGGUGUUGUGACGGGCAUUCUCGUCUGGGGAACGGGACAGUGGGAGAGAGGUGUCCGAUGGCCGCGCCGGUGGCUGGCGGUCGCCAACCGAGGGCUGCGAGGCUUCAAUGCAAAAAUUGUAUUGAUUCGCGGCCCAUGGUGGAAGGAGAUGCUCUCUUAUCUAUCGUUCCUAUUCCCAUUCGCAGACCUCUUCUCAUCAGGCCCAUCAUUUCACUAUGUUGAGCGCCGUCAUACCGGAAGCCAUGAACGGCACAGACGUCCUGCAGUGACGGGCCGUUCCUCUUAUGAGGACGAUAGCGAUACAGGAAUUGAGGAAGACCUCUCCCCAGGUGGUGACUACGUCAAACUACUCUUACUCCCGAAAUCAUUUUCCCCUGCCUUCCGCGAAAACUGGGAUGAAUACCGCACCGAAUACUGGGAGCGCGAAAACGAACGUCGCGCCCGCCUCCGCCAGAAGCUCAAGCAGCGUGAGCGCCAACUCGCCAAACAAGAAGGCGGCUGGUUCUGGUGGACCGGAUGGCAAGGAUUGAAGCGAAGACGCAGUCUCCCAAAGUCUGCCCAUGAUCUGGAAAGACCGCAUCGUCAUCUUCACCCUAGCCACCACAGCCAUCAUCGCCACGUGCACUCACGGCAUUCCCUGGGAGACUUGAAGCCUCGUCGCCCCACCGAACCACAUUCGAGAACAUCUUCUCGCAGCACCACGCCUAAUCCACUAUCGGAUGCUGAUGACAAGCUUGCAAACUCUGAUCGGGAACGGACUCGUCGCCGCCGAAGCAGCAGCAGCGCAGCUACCUCUUCAAACGAACGACCUCGGAAAACCAAGUCGUCCUCAUCUGGAGCUGGGAACGGCAGCCGGUCCCUAUCGCCAUUAACACAAAUUGAGUUGCAAGAGGGCAAUGAAGACACUGCGAAAAAUAGAAUUUGA